CAAGGUCCACAGUACAUCUUUGGUCUAAAUAUUUCUGUAAAACAUUCACCAAAAUGCUCUGAACGUUGUUAUUUCAAGAAAGAUCUGCUGUUCAUUAUUCGUUCCGAGGAGGCUUUCUGUGUGGAUACAGAUUUGUAGGUAUCACAGGAGAUGUUCUGCCUACAGAAUUCUCAAGCCUUACACGUUCUGGAGAACUGCCUGAGGAGGCACCUCCCGGAGUCCUUAAAGGUUUAUGGGACUGUCUACCACAUGAAUCAUGGAAAUCCAUUCAAGCUCAAGGCUUUGGUGGACAAGUGGCCUGAUUUUAAUACUCUUGUUAUUCGACCCCAGGAACAGGACAUGACAGAUGACCUCGACCACUACAACAACACUUACCUAAUCUACUCCAAGGAUCCCAGGCACUGUCAGGAAGUUCUCAGCUCACCAGAAGUCAUUAACUGGAAACAGCAUUUGCAAAUUCAAAGUACACAGUCAAGCCUGGGAAAAGUGAUAGAAAGUCUUGGAGCCAUGAAUUUGAGCGAGGUCAAGCAUACACAGUGUUUUCUCUAUAUGAUAUUUCAAACAGCAAAGAAAUUGACUCCUGCCUUGGUGGAUGAGAAGAACUUAGUAGCCAGCAGUAACAAGCCCAAGCCUUUUGACCACACGUUAUUCAAAUUCGCCUCCCUGGAUGCUGCACACGCGGCAUUAGUGGAUAGCACCUGGUAUUUCGGCGGCAACGAGAAAAGCCGGAAGUUCAUUGAACGCUGUAUCCUCACCCUCCCCAGCUUCUGCAUUAUGGGGCCUGAGGGGACCCCGGUGUCCUGGGGCCUAGUAGACCACACUGGAGAAAUAAGGAUGGGAGGCACCUCGCCUGAGUACCGGGGUCAGGGUCUCAUUUAUCAUCUUAUCUGCCACCAGAUUCAGACUCUAGAUAAUCUCGGCUUCCCCAUGUAUGGACACGUGGCGAAGGCUAACUUCACCAUGCAGAGAAUAAGCGCCAUGGUGAAACAUAUCCCCAUGCCUUGCACCUGGAACCAGUGGAACUGCGUUCCUCUAUAAAGCUGUAAGAGUGGCGGGGGGGAGGGAGGGGGACCAUGCUGGCCGAUGGAGAAGUGGCUGAGUGAGCAGAGGAAAUUAAUAAACUGUGGUCAGGUGGGCGGGCGUCUGUGCACACGUGCACAAUACGCGUGGAGCAACUGUUAGCAAUUACUAGGAAAGAGAGUAGGGCUCAGCAAGUAAAGGUGCUUGCAGCCACGCCUAGGGACCUGAGUUUGAUUCCGGGGACCCACACUGUAAGGAGAAUCAGUUUCAUCAAGUUAUCCUCUGACCUCCACAGGUGCGCUAUGACAUGUGCACAUACAAAUAAAUAAAUGUGAUUUUUAAAAAGUUAAAAAAAAGCAACUGGUGAUAUCUUUGAGCCCAGUCUUUUGAUUUUUCAAUGAGUUCUCACUAGUAGUUCCCAUGCCAGCAAAGAGAAAUCAGCAUUGUUCUAAAGGCUGAGCUUCGUUACUUCAUUCUAAUGUUUAUAUUUAAUAAAUCCCUCCUUCAUUCGUGGAAGCUUAACCUCUCGAAGGCCAAGAACUGCUGGGUUUGCAUUCGUAGUAGCUGAGUUCAAAUAUAUUUUCUGGACCAUGUUGCCACAAACAAUUACAACUCCCACAGAAGGCAGCCCUCUCCGAGUUCUUCACUGCAGGGCUUAAAAACGCUUGCGGUUGCUUGUCCCCCAUAGCUCCAAACAGUUAUUUAAGAUGUUUUUUUUCCCCCUCAAGUUUCCUGAAAACGACAGAAUAUUUACUUACUUUUUCAACCUAAAGCCAGCCACACAGGAAUUCAUUUCAAAACAGGGCUUUGGGAUGUGGCUUUUUUAUUCCAUUUUAAAAUCAUUUAUGAUUCAGAAAUUUUAAUAAUUUGUUUGGGGAACCUAUAAAUUAUAUAUAUAGUCUAUAUUUUGUAUAUCAUAUAGUGUGUGUGUGUGUGUAUAGAUAUGGUUAUAUCCAUUCACAAUCUUAGUUUCUUAAAUACUUAAAUAUGUUCCAAACUGUAUUUAUGAAUUUUAUGUUCACUUUAAUAUUUUUAAUGAUUAUUAGCAACAAAAUCAUCCAAAAGAGUAAAUUCUAAAAUUCAAGUAGAGAUCUGGAGAGAGGGCUCAGUAGUUAAGGGCACUAGUUGCUCUUCCAGAGGACCCAAGUUUUAUUCCUAGAACUCAAGUGAUGGCCCACAGCCAUGUUUAGCUUCAACUACAGGGGGUCAAAUGACCUCUUCUGGCCUCUGUGUACACACACACACACACACACACACACACACACACUAAAGCUUAAAGCAAUAAAUUUCUAAUGUGAACAUAAUAAAUUUGGAGACUCUAAAGAUACAGAAGCUCUUCCAAACUUUUAGAAAUAUCUAAUAAUAACAUGAAGGUGAAAGUCUAAAUCAUUUCUCAUUAUACAUCACUAAAGUACUAAUUAAACCUGAGAGAUUCACACUCUAAUGCAAAUUCUGCCUCAAGAAAUAAGCAUAUCACAGACGGCCUCUGAAACACUCCACUGAUAAUGGUAUCAAAGCAGAGGCCAAGACUCAUAGCCAAACUUUGGGCAGAAUGCAUGGAAUUUUAUGAAGUAAGAGGGAGAUAUAAAGACCUAGAGGGGCCAGGAGCUCCAAAAGGAGACCAACAGACCCCCCCCCCCAAAAAAAAUAACCAACUGGGCCCUGAGGGCCCUGCAGAGACUAAUACCCCAACCAUGGACAAUGCAUGGAGAUAACCUAAAACCCUGGCUCAGAUGUAGCCCAUAGACUCAGUCUCCAAGUGGGUUCCCUAGUAAGUGGAGCAGGGGCUGUCUCUGGCAGGAACUAGGUGGCAGGCUCUCUGAUUACCUCUUCCUGGGGAGAGCAGCCUUGCCAGGCCACAGAGGAAGAUAUGCUGCCAGUCCUGAUGAGACCCCACAGGCUAAGGUCAGAUAGAAGGAAAGGAGGACCUCUGCUAUCAGAGGACUGGGGGAGGAGCAUAGGGGGAGAAGACAGAGGGAAGGUGUGAUUGGGAGGGUACAAAGGAGGGGGCUACAGCUGGGAUACAAAGUGAAUAAACUGUAAUAAAUAAUAAUUAAUAAAAAGAGGAAAAUUAAAAAGAAAAAGAUAGACGCAUAUAAAACGUCAAAAAGGCUGAACUUCCUUUGUAAGAUAAAAUCUUACUAUAUAGUUGAUCUUUCAAAAAUACAUAUUUUAAUAUAUUUUAUAUUUAAUUUUAAUAUAUUUUAAUUACACUCUUUGAGGAUUUUAUACAAGGGUAUUUUGAUCAUAUUCAUGCCCUUGCUUCUCCCUUUAUCAGCUCCUGGAUCUUCCCUCUACUGUCUCACUCUAUUUUUUUCCCCUUUUUAAAAUAACAUACCAUGUCAAAAUUUGUGGUACUGUGAUCCUCAUGGGUGUGGACCAUCCUUGUCUGAGAACCUUAUUCAUUUCAUUAGUUCAUGUGUUAACUGAUCUAUUGUUAUUUUUAAAGUUAUUCAUAUAUUCUAGAUACCAAGCCUUUGUCGGGUGUACAGCUAGCACAGAUGGUCUUUCCUUAUAUAUCUGACUCUUUAAUUGUUUACUUUGUUAUGUAAAUCUUUUUGAAUUUAAUAAAGUCUCAGUUGUCAA